GUUUGAAGCAAGAUUGUGUCAAAAGGCUAAAGCUACUCCGCUUAUUUGAAGAGAAUUACUAGCUUGAGUAGACAUAAGCAGCCCCAAAAGAUCAAAAGUUCAAGUCUCCCUAGCAUUGGCGUCUGCAAUUUCGCAGAACUUGGUAGAUUUCUAGGAAUUCGUAGAGGUCAAGACCACAAAAUAUCAUGUCGCACUAAUCAACAUUCACAACGUUUGAGAGACGAUGGCAGCAGAGAGUAAGACACUCGUAUCUUCGAGUUUUAAAAUGACUGAUGCGAUCUUUUGGAGAAAUGAGAUGAAAGUAGAAAUUGCUGAAGAUUAUGAAGAAACGAAAAAUCGUCUGUUCGCGAUUCUAGGAUGGUUGGGCCAGGUGAGCCUCGGAAACUCGUUUAUCGCAUCUAGCGAUCUCGUCUCGUACAUCAAGUUCUCCAUCUCAAAAUGUGUGUUAAACUAUAGUGGAAGCAUUUUCAUCAACUACAACCGCUCUCCAUACGAAGAAAACACUCUUAAUGAAUGGUUCGAUCUCACUCCUGAAGAAGAUUGGCCAGAGCGAGGCGAGGCAGUAAAAGCAAUAAAUGUUGAUAAAAAUGGACUCGCGCAAAAGUGUUACAGAACACAAAAUCAAGACGAAGACUCUUUUCCGGAUUCGCUAGAAGAUGACGAAUUCGAAGUUUUCUUUCACGGAACAUCUCACGAAAGCGCUCAAGAUAUAAUUGAGGGUGCAAUUGACUUGAGAAGAGGUGCACAAAGGCAGGACUUCAGCGAUGGAGAUGGUUUCUAUUUGAGCAAACAAUUUGAUGAAGCCUUGAGGAGGGCCCGACAUCGAAGAAACAGUUCUUCAGUGCUCGUGUUUCGAAUAAAGAAGACUGAAUUAAGAGGCGAUAAUAACGAUAAAGGCUAUAAUCUUCAACAUCCGGAUAUGAAGAAAGAAUGGCAAGAUGUGGUUAGGAAAUUCAGAAAUGGAAUGGUCGAUUCAAAGUCCCGCAAAGAAAUGAAUCGCCAGUACCAAUUCAUCGAGGGACCGAUGGCUUCCAUCUCAGGAAAGAAUUCAGCAAGUGUCUCGUAUCCCCGCCAGAAAGAUGAUUCAUAUCAGCUUUGUGUUCGAACGGAAAGUUGCGCCAAACUCUUUGAUCGUGGCCUUCAUUCCGUAGUCUUCUCAGUCAAAUAGGUAUACAUUUAUCGAGUACUUACUCUUAAAGAACCAAAUAAUUAUGAUAAUUGAAUGUCGAAACUUGAAACAGCCAGGUUGUUACUAAAUUUCACUUGUGGACUUUUUUAUUCUGUGUUCAUGUGCCAAUUGAACUAAAGUUUGUAAUAUCAAUGGUGUCCACUAAUACUUUAUUCCUAGAAACUGACAUUAGGUUUACCAAUAUCCUCGAAAGGAUCAUUUGCAGAUGACUGCGUGGAACGAAAAUUGCGAGUGGAGUCAUCAGACGCCAACAUUUACCGCUCGGUUUGAUCUGCCUUUAGGUCUAAGGCAUGUAUUUCAUCAAGAUCACCAUGUUGUAACAUUUUGGUUUCUAUUGAAGGUCCCAAAAUGCAUCGAGAGGCUUUAGGCUAAAUUAAACAAGGAGAACGAACUAAGUCUUAAAGAGAAACAUUGCCAUCAUAACAAGCUUUUAUGCCAUAUUGUUAAAAACUGCGAGAAGUGGCAGUUCGCUUCAUAAUAUACGAGUAUUACUCUAAACAUAAGGAUUUGCCAACACGCAGUUAGUUUCAUUGGAAAAGCAGACAGUUUGUUAUCAGAUGUUCAGUGUACGAGGGAAGAAACAUUAGACCUUAAGUUUUAACUUAAUUUGUUUAUUAGGGAUCAUUUCGCGACAGGCACAUGAAAAUUUCAGUGCUUUAUGGCACACCAACGGCAUGUGUAGCAAUGCAUCGUAAUACCAAUCCAAGAAAGAUCAUUGUUAUGGAAAACUAAGAUAUUUUACUGAAAUUUUUAUACAGGCAUUAUAACUAAAAUCAUCUGUAAUGGAUUUGCUCUUCAAUAUGGAGAACUUGCUAGGAAACAAAAAACUAGUAUUGAAAGUCUGUACACAAUUUACACGAUCUUUUGUGACCUCAAAUGGAAGUCAUUUUGAGCCAGCUGAAUUACAAACAUGUACAGCUUCCUAUUACUUGUGGCUAGCAGAACAACUGUAUUUCAAGAA